UACGCGAAGCCAUGUUUUAUCUGCAUCACGACGUUGUUACAAGAUGGCCACUUACCAUGUCAGCAGCACACGAAGCUGUAUUCAUCCUUCGACGGUCUUACUUUUCUCGUGGAUUACAGGGAUGAGACGGUUCUUAGAAUUGUUACACUGUAGCGAGACGCGGCUUUAGUUUCCACACAAUUAUUUGUUUCAACAUGACCUUUGAUCUCUUGAUGCCAACAGUCAUUCGGUUCAAGUAAAUGAACCAGACACCGCCAAAAACCAGCAUGAUGAUAAAACUGCUGUUGCUACUCACCACAUUUUGGAGGGAAAACAACGUUGAUUCCCAGGGUUGCAAAUUUCCAAUCUCAAGUUUCAUUGUUUGCUAUUUUUGCAAUCAAGAAAAAUGUAGAACAACAAAUACUAUUAAAAAUAAGUUUUCAUAUUGUUGUAAAAUUAAUUAUUAUGUUUUUUUAUUAACUUCUUGUGACAAAUAGCUUUUUUCAAAAUUUCGUAAACCAGCCAACAACCCCGGAAAUGCAGAAACGUUUUGGGAAACUUCUUCAUUGGAAAACCCCAAAAACUUUCAGUUUACGCGUUUUGGCUAAUGGCGUAGAUGUCCAGCCUUCUUUAUCUUUGCACGUGUGUUAAUGGCCACUUGUUGACUAAUCUGCAAAUAACCCAUGUCUACUGAUGCAUUCAGGUUAGUGACUCCCUUCCGCAAUGUUCUUUAUCACAUCAAAACAGUUGCUGUGCGAAAUGGUUUCGUUCUCGUAUCAUGUCUCGUGUAGUCCCAGAUGGUGAUGCCGGAUGACUUGUGUUAGUGCUUAUUUUAACGGUGGAAUAGUUUUCAAGAGAAUCUCUCACCUACCAUAGUUUAUUGCACCGUCAUUGUGUAGUGUAUGUUCUCGUUUUCAUGACUCGGGCCCAACAACUACAAUUCACUGAGAAUUAUGGGGUCUCAUCAGUCAUCGAUCACGUGCAACAUAAUCUAGCUCGAGGUACCGGCGUACCACAUUCUGCUUUUCAACAGAUAAGAACUGCUUCGUUACAAUUCCAUUAUUCAUUUGAACUACUACUAUGCUGCGUUUAUAUACAAGCAUGUAAAGACUAGACAGUGUUAGGGAAACCCAACGACUCCUGUAUAUCCGUCAAACGGGGAGUGGGGCUUCCUCUUGUCUUUCAACAUUAAACAAUGGAAGAUGGCAACAUGGAUCAGAAGAAAACCUUCUAAAUCCACCCUCGAUUUUCACCUGUCAGCACAAACAGUCACGUAGGCAAAGUGUAGCAUUAAUUGUUGAUUAUCAUCAUGCACGAACCACUACAGCGCGAUUACAUCGAAGUUAGCACGUCGUCUUACCAACGAUCCCUAGAAUCGCACCGCCGUUGGAGACUAUGCCUGUGGAUUGGACUUGGUUCGACCGCCAUCGUUUGUUCCAUUCUGUUGACCUUGCUCAUAGUUGGUUCUCAACAGCCUCGUGUAGAAUUUAGUACCACAGAGGUCGGAAACACUCCGUUGUUGAGUCUGUCUUUCCCUAUUAAAGAAAGAAGCCACCAGAGGGGACAAUCUAACUUUACCAUCCGGCCGGAAAUGGUGUACGAAAGUAUGGCAGAGGCCCGAGAGGAGUUCAAAAGCCGGAAAGCACUGGAGGAGCAGCUCUUCCAUCAGCAGGUUAAUAGAACCGAACAAACCGCUUCCUCCUACCACCAGCAGGUCACCACACUCAGUCCUGAAAUGCGCAACGUUAGCGAUUCGGCCGUGUUGGCUGAAACUUCCGUCCGCAUCUUGCUGGAAAAAGAGCAGAUACCCAUCGAAGAACUCCAAUCCGUUGACGCUAGUCCACUUCUCAAAGAAUGGGUCCAUUGCUCUGUCACGCCCGUCAAGAAAAAUUGUCGCCCUGGUGACAAGUUUCGGACUCUUGACGGCUCAUGCAAUAAUUUGCAUGCUCCCGAAAAAGGAGCGACUCUACAGCCGUUCCGCCGCAUCCUCCCGCCUGUCUAUGAUGAUGGAUAUUCAUCUCCGAGAACGAAGUCCGUCUUGGGGAACGACCAGUUCUUGCUGUCUGCCAGAGAAAUCAGUCGCCGUUUCACCGACAAUGCAGAGCCAGUUGCCAUUGAAACCAAGCUGUCAAUGCUGUUUCUCACGUGGGGCCAAUUUCUCGAUCAUGAUAUGACAAACACUGGAUCCUCAAAAGGAGAAAAUGGAAGUGCCAUCACUUGUUGCGGCCAGCGCAAGCAACAUCCAGAAUGCUUUCCAAUUCAAGUUGAUAAAACUGACCCGUUUUACGCAGACAAAGGCGUCCAUUGUCUAGAUUUCGUCCGCUCAGCACCAGCCCCCCAAUGCAGAAUAAAUGGAAGAGAGCAGUUCAACCAAGCCUCCGCUUACAUUGAUGGUUCCAUGAUUUACGCAACCACUCGUCUUGAGGCAGAUAUCAGAUUAAGGGCUCACAUUAAUGGCAAUAUGAGGGGUCGACUCUAUCAAGAUGGACGCUGGAUGCUUCCCAUUUCUGCCGAGCCAAAAGACGGAUGCAAUAGGGAUGAGCUUAUCAAACAAAGCCGUUACUGUUUCAAAGCGGGUGAUGGAAGGGUGAACGAACAAAUCGGAUUAACUGCUAUGCAUACUGUUUGGAUGCGUGAGCACAACCGAAUCGCCAAUGAAUUAGCCGAUAUGAACAAACAUUGGGAUGACACACGUAUUUAUGAAGAGACCAGGCGCAUUGUUAUUGCUCAACUGCAGCACAUCAGCUAUAACGAAUUCGUGCCUCUGCUAAUUGGGGAAAAAUUGGCUGAGCAUUUGAAAUUGCGACCACUUGUUAGCGACUACGACAGCAGUUACAAUAAGGAAAUUGACGCGGGAAUUUCCAAUGAAUUUGCUACAGCGGCGUACCGUUUCGGUCACAGCAUGUUACAGGGACUAGUGGAACUUUAUGGAGCACAGGGGCGUAACGUCGAUUACAUGCAAUUCACGAGAAUUCUUUUCAAUCCGUUUGCCUUGUGGGAUUUCGGCAAAUUAGACGCAGUAGUACGAGGCAAUGCCCAGCAGUGUCCUAGAAAAUUAGACACGUCAUUCUCCACUCAAGUUACCAACCACUUGUUUCAACCAGAAAAAUCACAUCAUGGCUUUGAUUUGUUUGCACUAAAUAUACAAAGAGGGAGAGAUCAUGGCCUAGCACCGUAUAACCAGUGGCGUGAGUUAUGCAAUCUUUCGCCCGUAAAUGACUGGCCCAGUUUAGAGAAGGAAAUGCGGGCAUCUUCUUUUGUCGUUAUCAAACAAAUUUAUCAAGAUGUUAAGGACAUCGAUCUCUACGUCGGAAUCCUGGCCGAGAAUCCUCUACUGGACGGUAUUCUUGGUCCUGUUGGUAGUUGUAUUAUUGCCGACCAAUUCCUGCGUUCAAAAGUUGGAGAUCGUUUCUGGUACGAAACCGACGAUUCUGCCAUCCGUUUCACAUCUGAUCAACUGAAGGAGAUCCGUAAGACAACUCUAGCUAGAGUGUUGUGCGACAAUGGUGAUGCGAUGGACGCCAUUCAGUUGAAAUCAAUGGAGAUUGUAAGUGAAUCCAAUCCAAGGAAACGUUGCGCUGGUGACGAUAUACCGUUAAUGGAUCUAUCCAGCUGGGAGGAUGGAUUGUUUUCUCUUUCUGUCUGAAGUUAAUCUCAUCAACUUAGUUUGUAGAAAGGCAUGGUUUUACAAGUUGACUUGAAACGGACUGGAAAAAUAUUCAACUCCAUUUUUGCCAAAUCUCCAAUUAUUUUAGAACAAAAACAGUGAUGUAUUUCAAAAGCCGUUUAUUAUAGUAUUGCCGUUGCACUACAUAAUUCGUUUUUAGUCAAAUGAAUUAAAGAGGAAAAAAAUGUAAGUUGUAUUAAUAACGGCCGUAGACUCCGUAUCUGCGUCCGUACACAAGGCCAUGUCCGAUAUCGAAUCGUCCAUAUACGCCUCUAUAUAAGAAGUGUAUUGGCAAUUAAUUAAUAGUUAAUGGUAACAAAUAUUUUAAUUUAUUUCUUACAUCAAGCUAAGAAUCCAAACGGCAACCAGUACAUCAUUGUUUCAGUACUACACUAUAGAGCACAGACUUACACGAAUAAGAAACCUACUAUUCCUACUCCGAGACGCCCUACCCGCACUUGUGUUAGGCACAGUAAGGAAGUAGAAGUAAAAAGAGGUGCAAGUAUUGAACUGGAAUGGCUUUUACAUCAUUGAUAAAAGAAACACUUAGCUUUUUUUCACACCCAAUAUGUAGAGAAAUAAUAGGAUCAUGCAUCUGUUUUCUUUGAUAAACGACCUUGGUCACAAUGCUACAUUACAUUGCUCGCAAUGUUCACAAAGUGAUAAAAAUGGGACAGUUAUUGAAAUUCUUUAAACAAUGACAAAUUUUUAUUUUCGGCCUGACACUUCUGCCUCUGCCCAGCAAAAUAAGGCAGACCUACAUCCAUUAACGUAGUCAACUGAAUCAUUGAUGGGCAAAAGCAUGACGUACGUAUGUUUGAAUUCGCAAUUAUUAAGAGAAAAAAUUUACAGUGCAAUGGAAAUCAGCGUAAUUUCUAAUGGGCUGUAAGCCUGGUCGGCCUUCGGCCUGGUACUUCAUUAUUCCGUAUUGGAUAUUUUUUCGUUGACGGCAACAUGGGAUACCAGUCAUACCCCUGCGAAUCACCCAAAAUCAGCUGAGAGCUAAACUGAAGUUACAGUUUUUGUGGCUACAGAUAUAGUCAUAUGACUCUAGUUGGACCACGUGCCUGUUUGUAAUCCUGAAAUCGCAAGUUGAAAAGACCUGAUAAAUACUUGAUUGUCAAAGAAUAAUGCAGUGAAACUGACACUAGAACAAACAAGUAAGUCAUUGCCAAUGAAUAGACUAUUUCAAGUACACUAAAAUUUAAUUUAAGAUCAAUUUUCAAUCCAUCCAAUUAAUACAUCUGCAGUGCCAGGGUAAACUUCAUGGUUGAGUAUAGCAUGAUUGAGUAAUGGGGUGCAAUGAAAGCAACAAGCCCAUGUUGAAAGUUGCAUCUUGCAUAUGUUUACAAUUUUGAUUCCUCCGUAACACCCAUCUGAUGUGGAAAGUCUGAUAUGUGAUUUGUUUAUUGGCUGAAAAAGGCAAUCAACCACCCAUAUUUACAUAUACAUUUGUUUUGAGAGGAUGAUGAGGAUGUAAGUCCAUUUUGAUUGCUUGGAUUUGAAACUCCCAGCUUUUUGUGUUGCCUAUUUCAAGACAGCAAUAAUAACCCCCCCAAAAAAUGUGCAAAACGUUCUCAUCUGUUCUUUUCCAUGAAAAGGGAAGGGAAACUUAAUAAUAAUUAAUCUACUGCUGAAGUACCUCUGGUAAUUCUGUACAACUGAAUCAGCUCUAGUUGGAUAUGACAUUACUUUGUGUACAUAAGAGUUCCGCUUCCCUGUGCUGCAUCUAUGUGCAUCCAUAGAACGAAUUCUUGACAUAUCCCAGCGAUCUCAUCAAGGAGAUCUGUAGAGCCUACUACGGUAGUUGCUGUGGCUAGGAACAAUAAAAAGUGUCAAUAGCUGGCAAGAUUUUGAUACUGCUAAUUAUAUUCACCGGCUGUGGCUGAUACCAUAGAUGUAUCCUCAUCCACUAAGAAAGAUUGGAUGUGCCUGUUCCUUAGAAGAAGCAAGUUUUCUUGUUUGAAUAAUCGGCAUCUUUGGACGUCAAAACCACUAGGCGACGUGAUGCAAUCGCUUUUUCCUUAAAUCUCGACAAAAUCUGAG